UCUCCUUCUCUGAAGGAAUGACAUCUAUCUACUUAUACCGAGGGCCUUGAACCCGGCAACUUAAAAGACGACCUCCCUUAAGUGACUUGGGUAUAAUACUGUACCAGCACAGAACCAGUUACUGCUGUAUUAGCUAAAACCAUGCCGCCGACCCCCAAAAACAUUAUCAUCACCGGCGCCGGCGGUUUCAUCGGCCCGCUGCUCGCGGCCCGCCUCCUCGACGACCCGGCCUACCGGGUGAUCCUAACGGACCUCGUCGAGCCCGCGGUCCCCCCGGGGGUCAAGUACCCGCAGCACGCGACUUCGCUGCGGGGCGACAUCGGCGACCGGUCGUUCGUCGCGUCGCUGCUGGACGCGGCCGCCCCGCUCUCCGCCGUCUUCGUCUUCCACGGCAUCAUGUCCGCCGGGGCCGAGGCCGACUGGGACCUCUCGCUGCGCGUCAACGUCGACAGCGUGCGCGACCUGCUGCUCGCGCUGAAGGCGAGGUUCCCCGGUGUCAUCGUCCGCGUCGUCUAUUCCAGCUCCCAGGCCGUGUACGGCCGGCCGCUGCCCGACGGCCCCGUGCCCAACGGCGUCGCGCCGACGCCCGAGAGCACGUACGGCGCUCACAAGCUGAUGACGGAGGUCCUGAUCAACGACAUGCACCGGCGGGGGUUCAUCGACGCGUUCAGCCUGCGGUUCCCGACGGUGGCGGUGCGCCCGGGGGCGCCGACGAACGCGGCGUCGUCGUUCCUGUCCGGGAUGAUCCGGGAGCCGAUGAAGGGGGCGGAGAGCGUGAUCCCGCUGGAGGACCGGUCGUUCCGGUCGUUUAUCACGUCGCCGGCGGUUCUUCAGGAGAACCUGAUCCGGGUGCUGAACAUGGACAGCUACAGCGGGAGUCUGCGCAGGCACAUCCGCCACAUAAACGUCCCGGGCAUCUCGGUCUCGAUCCAGGAGCUGAUGGACGCGCUGGCGAAGUACGGCGGCGAGGACAAGUUGAAGUACCUCAGGGAAGAGACGGAUCCGCGUCUGGAGCGGAUACUGCGGAGUUGGGUGCCGGAGAUGGACACGACUACGUCGCUGGAGUUGGGAUUGAUUAAGGAUGAGAGCGCGGAUAGCAUCGUCAAGCAAUAUAUCGACUCUCUUAAGUCGUAAUGUAAGUAAAGUAUACCUCUUAUAAUUUAGGGCAUCAGAGGUAAUUAAUUCGUAUUGAUCACCAUUCUCACGAAGUUUAAGCACGAGGUUGAAUCAAACCAGUAAUGAGCAUAUUACUACUAUGUACCUCCCCAAAAACUAAACAUCUCCAAUAUACCCACCCCCCGAUGCCCCAAGAGUGGCGUAAUAAAGAUCUUCCUCCGCCAGAAUG